ACAGGGACAAACUGUGAUUGGCACAUCUGAGUGUGAAUGUGUGGGGUGAGAAAUCCUAUAACCUACAGUAGUGUGGCUGUAGCAAAAUCAAAAGGCUAAAGGAAGCAGAGCAAUACUUAUCUGAAGCUGUAUGAGAGCAGAAUUGCAAGCUGUGCUGUACUUCAGAAGAAUAAAGCACCUGGACCAUGACCCCAAUACUGCGCACAUGGAGCCUGCAGCCGAGUGAACUUCAGGCUCUAUUUGGAGAGGAGAAAGAUUAUUCAUGCUCCCUGAAUGACAUUGUUCAACACACAGAGGAGUAUGAGCAGCAGUCUGACAGUGAGACUAUAGCAGUGUGUGACUUCAGUUCUUGCUCUCAUCCUGACUUUGGGAAACCGUGUGCAGCCCAUCAACUGCAGAGACCCGCGUUCUCCAACCAGGAAUACUAUACCAAACUAGAGGAGCUGAAGAGAGAACACCUGAGAAACAUGGCUGAGAUGGAAAAACUCUAUCUGAGCCCGAUCAGACCUGGUCAGAGAGAAAGACAGAUCAUUACCUUCUGGAGAAAAAAUGGAGAAGAUACAGAGAGUAGUACCAUGCAGGUUGGCAGCAAGGUGGGACGUCUACAGAAGGGUCAUUCUUCUCUGAAGGUAAAGCAGGCGCGGCAGACCUCAAUAGAGGAGCGCAUGGUGUUGUGUCACUUCCAGCAGAACUCAUCUCACAGUGCAGCCAAUCAGGUAAUGGACAGCCUGAGACAGAAUUCUAAAGUUACCAUUCCCAAACCGUUUCGCAUGAUGCUUCGUGAGGAGGAUCGCAAACGCCGCAAUGUGAAAACCCGCUCUGAGAUGGAGUUAGAAAAUGAGAGACUGAAGAAAGAGCUGGACGAGCUGAAAGAAUGUAGCAAGAAGUUUCGCGCUAAGCCGGCUCCUGCUUCCACUUACUUGCACUUCUAUGACAUCAUUAAUAAGCGACCAAAUAAGCUGCAGAAACAAACAAAUCUAAUUAACCAAACGGAUCACGGUCACCAUAAAAAACACCAACAACAAGGCUCUCAACGACAAGCCUCUCCACGUCCGCAGCAACCAUUUAGCUUCAUUGAAAGAGAGCAAAAGAAACGGGAAAAAAAACUAGCAGAUGAGUUCAACAACCUGCCUCCCAAAGCAGAACGAACGGCAUUCAAAGCCAGACCAGUGCCAAGGUCUCUAUAUAGGCCCAGCUCACCAAACUCCCAGAUAUACGGGGCAGAUCAUCUGAAUCACAGACACUCAGCACUGCCCCCUAGCGUCCCGGAGGACACACUGCAGGAGGGAGAGGAGGCAGAGAAUGAGUAUGAUGAUGAUUUUUCAAGGCCACAGAACAAAGGUAUAUCACGCUGCAGCAGCAACCUCAGAAAAUGGAAAAACAAGGGUGUGCUGCAGGUGGAGGAAGACAUGAAAAGAAAGAGCAACAGAGAGAGAGACCGAGACUGGUCCUACAUUCACCCCCUACGCAAAACCAGCCUCUGCAACAGUCAAGAACCCCCGAACACCUGCAAGAGCGACUACAUCAGUGUCUAAAUGCUGACAUAGACUAAAUCAUAGCCUACAAUACAAAAAUUUCAUCAGUUGUAAAAAUCUGUAAGUAUAUAGUGUGAUAGAAAGAGGUAUAUGUUUUGGUUUUUUGUGUUACUGUGGAGUAAAUGUAUGUAGCCAAUAAAUAAACUCACCAACAAAUCA